UAAAGAUAUCAACACCCAUUUCCCAACAGUCUUCAUGAGUCUUGAGAGAUUCAAUUUUGCUAUUAAUUAUUCGGAAAUCAGUGCUUAAUUUGCAAGCAUUUAUGCUGAGCUUUCACUGUGACUGAAGGUAGAAAGCAGAUCACGGUGACCAUCAAUGUCAUCACAAGGAGUGGAAUUGCAUGUUCAACGUCGCCAUGUGGUGAUGGAUAACGGAAUCCUCAAAGUCACAUUAUCCAAGCCAGGCGGAAUAGUCACUGGUAUAAAAUAUAGUGGCAUCGACAAUCUCCUCGAAGUUAUUAAUGAUGAAACAAAUAGAGGGUACUGGGACAUUGUUUGGAGUCCAGCUGGAAGUACAGGAACUUUUGAAAGGAUUGAAACCACCUCUUUUAAGGUGAUAAUGAAAACUGAGGAACAGGUAGAGGUCUUAUUCUCAAGAACAUGGGAUGCUUCUCUCGAGGGAAAGCUUGCUCCCUUAAAUAUAGAUAAAAGGUUUAUACUGCUGCGUGGUUGCUCGGGUUUUUACUCCUACGCCAUCUACGAACACUUGAAAGAGUGGCCUGGUUUCAACCUCGACGAGACUAGAAUUGCUUUCAAGCUGAGGAAAGACAAGUUUCACUACAUGGCCAUGGCAGAUAACCGGCAAAGGUACAUGCCGUUGCCGGACGACCGGUUACCUGAAAGAGGGCAGCCCCUCGCCUACCCGGAAGCAGUCCUGCUUGUGAAUCCUGUGGAGCCGGAAUUCCAAGGGGAGGUGGAUGAUAAGUAUCAAUACUCAUGCGAGAACAAAGAUCUUAAGGUCCACGGGUGGAUAUGUAUGGACCCACCGGUGGGAUUCUGGCAGAUCACUCCCAGCGAUGAGUUCCGAUCUGGUGGACCCCUCAAACAAAAUCUUACUUCUCAUGUGGGUCCCACUGCUCUUGCUGUGUUUCUCAGCGCUCACUAUGCCGGGGACGAUCUGGUGCUUAAAUUCAAACAGGGAGAGCCAUGGAAGAAAGUUUUUGGACCAAUUUUUAUCUAUCUUAAUACUAUCAUUGACGGAGAAGAUCCUCUUUCGCUAUGGGAGGACGCUAAAGAUAAGUGUGCAACAAGACUGACUUUUCUAACUGGGAAGCAGAUGAUGACAGAAGUUCAAAGCUGGCCUUAUAAUUUUCCAGCCUCAGAGGAUUUCCAAUCCUCCCUUCAACGGGGCAGUGUUAGUGGUAGAUUACUAGUUCGAGACAGGUACAUCAGUGAAGAUUACAUAUCGAAACACAGCGCGUAUGUGGGUUUGGCUCCACCAGGGGAUGUUGGAUCAUGGCAAAGAGAAUGCAAGGUCUACCAAUUCUGGACAAGAUCAGACGAGGAAGGUUAUUUCUCCAUCAAUGAUAUUCGUAGUGGUGACUAUAAUCUGUAUGCAUGGGUCACGGGUUUCAUAGGCGAUUACCGAUGUGAUGUUGCCAUCACAAUAACCCCAGGUUGUGAUAUUGAUAUGGGUGAUCUUGUGUAUGACCCUCCGAGAGAUGGGCCUACAUUGUGGGAGAUAGGCAUCCCAGAUCGAUCUGCUGCAGAAUAUUAUGUUCCUGAUCCUAAUCCGAAAUACAUCAACAAACUUUUGGUCAAUCAUCCUGACAGGUUCAGACAGUAUGGAUUGUGGGAGAGAUACGCAGAGUUAUAUCCUAAUCAAGACUUAGUGUAUACAGUUGGAGAGAGCGACUAUCAGAAAGAUUGGUUUUUUGCUCAAGUUACAAGGAAAAAAGACGACCAAACAUACCAAGCAACCACAUGGCAGAUCAAGUUCAAACUCGAAAACGUCAAUCAAACCGGAAAAUACACGUUGCGAUUGGCACUUGCAUCAGCGGCGCAAGCUGAACUACAGGUCCGAAUCAACGAUCCAAAUCCAAGCAGUACUCCUCUGUUUUCAAGUGGAAUUAUAGGGAGGGACAAUGCAAUUGCGAGGCAUGGGAUCCAUGGUCUUUACUGGCUAUUCAACGUGGACAUAGUGGGACAUCUGCUCGUGCAAGGGGGCAAUAUCGUCUAUUUGACACAAGCACAGAGCACCAGUCCUUUCCAGGGGAUUAUGUAUGACUAUAUUCGUUUGGAAGCUUCUUUACGUUCCCUUCCUUCAAAGUCACGGGAUAGCACUAAAGAAAGAGAAGGAAACAAACACACUAUGCUUUGUCUCUUUCUAUAUGAACCAAUCCGGAAACACUACAAGCUUUCCAGCUUCAAACUGCUUGCAUUCUUUAUCCAGAUUCUACUGAUCAGAAAUUUACUGCUGUUUGGGUAUCAGAAUAGGAUUUUCCUUUGUGCUGAAGAAGUUACAAGAGCUAGCUGUGGCCUCAAAUCAAUGUCUGCUACAGGAGUGCAGCUGCAUAUUCAAGAUGAUCAUGUUCUGAUAGGAAAUGGAGUACUCCAAAUCACACUGACAAAUCCAGGGGGAAUUCUCAGAGGAAUAGAAUAUGGCGGAAUUGACAACUUGCUUGAACUUCACAACAAAGAUUUGAAUGGAGGGAUUGAAGGAACGAGCUUGGAGGUAGUAGUGGAAAAUGAAGAACAGGUAGAGCUCUCAUUCACAAGAGUGUGGGACUCCUCGGUCCAGGGCAAGCAGGCCCCCUUAUAUAUAGACAGAAGGUUUGUAAUGCUUCGUGGUUCCUCGGGAUUUUACUCCUACGCGAUUUUCGAACACUUAAGAGGAUAUGCCUGCAUUCAACCUUAA